UCUCCUUUCACAAAUCAGAAAUCUCUCUCACACACACUCCCGAUCUCAAAAUCUAUAUUUUCAGCGAUUUUGUAUUCGAUCGCUCACUGAACUUACAAAUUCACCGCUUAAUUUCAUUAUUUCACAAUGCCUCUCAGGCUUGAUAUUAAGAGGAAAGUUGCUCAGAGAUCAGAAAGAGUGAAAUCGGUUGACCUGCAUCCGACCGAACCAUGGAUUCUUACAAGUUUGUAUUCAGGGACAGUUAACAUAUAUGAUUACCAAUCUCAGAGUCUGGCAAAGUCCUUUGAAGUCACCGAGCUGCCAGUCAGAUCAGCAAAGUUCAUAGCACGAAAGCAGUGGGUGGUUGCCGGUGCAGAUGACAUGUUUAUCCGGGUAUACAAUUACAAUACAAUGGAUAAAGUCAAAGUAUUUGAGGCACAUACAGAUUAUAUUCGGUGUGUGGCUGUCCAUCCCACCCUUCCAUAUGUAUUGUCGUCAUCUGAUGACAUGCUUAUAAAGCUAUGGGAUUGGGAGAAGAGCUGGUUUUGUACUCAAAUUUUUGAGGGCCAUUCCCAUUAUGUCAUGCAAGUGACAAUCAACCCUAAAGAUACGAAUACCUUCGCAAGUGCGUCGCUUGAUCGUACUAUAAAGAUUUGGAACCUUGGCUCACCUGAUCCUAACUUUACACUCGACGCCCAUCUCAAAGGAGUGAAUUGUGUGGAUUAUUUCACCGGUGGUGAUAAACCCUAUCUCAUUACUGGAUCAGAUGAUCACACUGCUAAGGUGUGGGAUUAUCAAACGAAAACUUGCGUCCAGACUCUGGAUGGUCACACACACAAUGUUUCUGCCGUGUGCUUUCAUCCAGAGCUCCCAAUAAUUAUUACAGGGUCUGAGGAUGGUACUGUACGUAUAUGGCAUUCAACCACUUACAGAUUGGAGAACACUUUGAAUUAUGGACUUGAAAGGGUCUGGGCUGUUGGAUACAUGAAAGGUUCUCGUCGGGUCGUGAUUGGCUAUGAUGAAGGAACCAUCAUGGUGAAAAUUGGCCGGGAGGAGCCUGUAGCUAGUAUGGAUAAUAGUGGAAAGAUUAUAUGGUCUAAGCAUAAUGAGAUCCAGACUGUUAACAUCAAGAACGUGGGGGUUGAUCAUGAGGUUUCUGAUGGAGAGCGGUUGCCUUUAGCAGUCAAAGAGUUGGGAUCAUGUGAUAUGUACCCACAAAGCUUGAAGCACAACCCAAAUGGGAGGUUUGUGGUUGUCUGUGGUGAUGGUGAAUACACCAUAUAUACAUCUUUAGCAUGGAGAAAUAGAUCCUUUGGCUCUGCAUUGGAAUUUGUUUGGUCUACAGAUGGUGAAUGUGCUGUUCGGGAGAGCACAACUAAAGUCAAGAUUUUGAAUAAAUCUUUUCAGGAAAAGAGGAGUAUCAGACCGACAUUUUCAACUGAGCGCAUAUAUGGAGGAUCUCUGCUAGCAAUGUGCUCAAAUGAUUUUAUAUGUUUUUAUGAUUGGGCUGAGUGCAGGUUAAUUCAACGGGUUGAUGUUACUGUCAAAAACCUAUACUGGGCAGAUAGUGGUGAUUUGGUGGCAAUUUCCAGUGACUCAUCAUUCUACGUACUAAAAUACAAUCGUGAUGUAGUGUCAGCACAUCUGGACAGCGGUACACCUGUAGAUGAGCAAGGUGUUGAAGACUCCUUUGAACUUCUGUAUGAAAUUAGUGAAAGAGUUAGAACUGGAUUAUGGGUUGGGGAUUGUUUUAUCUACACUAACUCGUCAUGGAGACUCAACUACUGUGUUGGUGGCGAGGUUACCACAAUGUUUCAUUUGGAUCGACCAAUGUAUCUUCUAGGAUAUCUAGCUAAUCAGAGCAGAGUAUAUCUCAUUGAUAAAGAAUUUAAUGUUAUUGGGUACACUUUACUUCUUACCUUGAUCGAGUACAAGACACUUGUGAUGCGUGGAGACAUAGAACGAGCUAAUGGAAUUUUACCCUCAAUUCCUAGGGAGCAUCAUAAUAGUGUUGCUCGUUUUCUGGAGUCGCGUGGCAUGGUUUUAGAGGCCCUGGAAGUUGCUACAGACCCCGACUAUAGAUUUGAGCUGGCCAUUCAGCUUGGUAAACUUGACAUUGCAAAGGAUAUUGCCUUGGUAGCAGAGAGCGAGUCAAAAUGGAAGCAAUUGGGUGAAUUAGCUAUGUCUGCUGGAAUGCUGGACAUGGCAGAGGAGUGUUUGAAGCAUGCAAAUGAUUUGAGUGGUUUGUUGCUCCUUUAUUCUUCUUUAGGAGAUGCAGAGGAGAUAGCAAAACUUGCAUCUCUUUCAAAAGAGAAUGGAAAGAACAAUGUGGCGUUUGCUUGUCUGUUUAUGUUGGGUAAAUUGGAAGACUGCCUGCAGCUGUUGAUUGACAGCAAUCGAAUACCUGAAGCUGCUCUAAUGGCACGAUCGUAUCUUCCCAGCAAGGUUUCUGAAAUUGUUGCCCUUUGGAGAAAAGACCUAAACAAGGUUAACCAGAAAGCCGCAGAAUCGUUAGCAGAUCCUCAAGAAUACCCAAAUAUGUUUGAAGACUGGCAAAUUGCACUCGAGGUCGAAGCAAAGGCUGUAGAAACAAGGGGUUGUUAUCCUUCAGCUGUAGAAUAUGUAAACUAUAUUGAUAGACCGCAUACCAACCUAGUGGAGACUUUCAAAAACAUGAAGUUGGAUCUUGACGAACCACUGCAAAAUGGAGACUUGGAUCAUGAGGAUGUGGAACAGGAUGGAAAUGAGGAGGAAUUUGCUGAUGGUCAAGAAGUUGUUCAAAAUGAAAGUCAAGAAGAGGAGGCUGUUGCAAUGGAUAAUGAUUCCACAGAUGGAGCUGUUCUUGUUAAUAGCAACGAGGUUGAUGAAGAGUAAGGUACCCUUACUGCUGCUGGUUAUUUUUAACUCCCGUUACAAAGGGGGGAAAGCAGGGUCAACUUUUGACAUGAACAUGGUGUAAUUUUGUAGCACAUGGAAUUUUAUGUUUGGCAACAUAUAAUACAGACUUUAGUAGUGAAUGAGUUAGCAAUUCUGUAGGUGUUUUAUGAUUAUUCCUGAGGCGAUUUUUACUUUUAAUUUUUUACUUUCUUUUCGUUCAUCUUAUUUUAAUGGUGUUUUCUGUUUUCACUCUGGCUAAGCGAAUUCUUUUAGUAAGAGUUCAAUGCAAAAGUAAUAAUGUUUGCUCU